AUAAAACUUUUCUUUUGUAAUAUUGGUUGAUGAUGAUUGCUUUUUCUUGGCUUAACAGCCUCUAAUUCUUUGAUUUCUUUUCGUGCAUUUCAUAAUUCAUACCCACAUAUCGUCAUUGUAACAGAACAAAACAGAACACCUCCUUGUCCUCUUCCUUACGUUGUAAUGUCCCUCCUGUCUAUCUCCUCAUUUCCUCGGUUCCUCGCAUUCUCCAGCGGCCGCCGCCGUGAAUCUACUUCUACCACCUGUCUGGUUCCUCCCCUCCGAUGGAACCGUUGCCUCGGUUUGCCGCAGGCAGGGCGUGUCGGCUUUCUGGGUUCUGCUACGGAACCAGCUGUUGUUAGAUUUAUUCCGCGUGGUCUCGGCGCCGUCGCAGAGGAUCUGCUUCAUGAUGCCGGAGCUACGGUGGCGGUUCUCGUCGGAGGAUACGCUCUCGUGUUCGCUUUUAAUGACUUGACGCGGCGGGAGGUUCUUCAACAGAACCUGAGCAGAAAACUGGUUCAUAUGCUCUCUGGAUUGCUCUUUGUAGCUUCCUGGCCGAUUUUCAGCAACUCUAUAGGGGCUCGCUACUUUGCUGCCUUUGUUCCUCUGGUGAAUUGCUUCAGGCUUGUGGUGAAUGGUCUGUCAUUGACGUCUGAUGAAGGAUUGAUUAAGUCCGUGACCAGAGAAGGACAGCCACGGGAAUUGCUGAGGGGUCCCCUGUAUUAUGUUUUGAUGCUGAUGUUAUGUUCUCUUAUCUUUUGGCGAAAUUCCCCUGUCGGGGUUGUCUCCUUGGCAAUGAUGUGCGGAGGAGAUGGUAUAGCUGAUAUUAUUGGCAGAAGAUUUGGAUCUGUGAAGAUUCCUUACAACAAGAACAAGAGUCUGGCUGGUAGCAUAUCCAUGCUUGCUUUUGGAUCAUUCAUUUCAAUUGGGAUGCUGUACUACUAUUCAGUGUUGGGAUAUAUGCAGUUGGAUUGGGGACGCACAGUGCAGAAUGUAGCUUUGGUUUCUUUGGUGGCAACAGUGGUGGAAUCCCUUCCUAUUUCAGAGGUUAUUGAUGACAACAUCUCUGUUCCUAUUGCAACCAUGGCUGUGGCUUCUUUCACCUUUUAUGCAUAGUUUUUCAACUUCAAAUCCCUUGAAGUAUCUCAGGAUAUGAAAUCAAGACAGGCUAGCUGAGCUCCACUUGCACAAGACUCAAACAUGCAGGUAGGGGUGGAAUGGGACCCACUCCUUUCCUUUUUCCUCUUU